CGCCUCCCUCUGUCGAUCUGUCACCAUGCCGGAGCCCUCCCGUUCGGCGCCGGCCCCCAAAAAGGGCUCCAAGAAGGCCGUCACCAAAGCGCAGAAGAAGGACGGCAAGAAGCGUAAGCGCGGCCGCAAGGAGAGCUACUCCAUCUACGUGUACAAGGUGUUGAAGCAGGUCCACCCCGACACCGGCAUCUCCUCCAAGGCCAUGGGCAUCAUGAACUCGUUCGUCAACGACAUCUUCGAGCGCAUCGCCAGCGAGGCCUCCCGCCUGGCGCACUACAACAAGCGCUCGACCAUCACGUCCCGCGAGGUGCAGACGGCCGUGCGCCUGCUGCUGCCCGGCGAGCUGGCCAAGCACGCCGUGUCCGAGGGCACCAAGGCCGUCACCAAAUACACCAGCUCCAAGUGAGGCGCGGCGCGCCGCUCUGGAACCCAAAGGCUCUUUUCAGAGCCACCUCCAUGUUCAAAAAGGGGCGUGCCACUUGGCCUGGUUGUGCCGAGCUAUUCGGUCGGUGUUGUGGAGGAGAUUGGAGUGCGCGAUGAGGGCUCAAAUGCGGAGAUAAAGCUAAGCUCCUUUAUUUAAUGGCCUAUUCCUCCCACAAAACCUGAGGGGUUAGCCUCGGCCCCACCAGGAGCCAGAGAGGGCGUGGCUCUGGUACUCGCGGGCGUGGACCGCAUGGGGGCCCUCCUGUCUGCGUGGGGCGAGCGCCGUGCGGUGGAGGGCUCGCGUCAUCUCCGGGAAGGCCUCGGGCCAACCUGCCCCUUUUUCGUGUCUCCCUGGGGUCGGAACGGGUGUGCUGGACGUGACGCCUGUGAGGCCAUGAGUGUUACUGCGCAGCCCUGGCGGAGGCGCUUGGGCCGUCCUUCUCGCCUUUGUCAGGACGAGGCACCAGGAGCUCCUUGCCAAAAGCGUUUUAGCAGCGUUGAGUUUGAGUAGCUCUUUGUGGGCAGUGCGCGUUCCCGUUAGAAAAAUCAAAACGGCGACUGCGCAGACACUGGUGUUCUCUCUCAUGCUGAGCUAAAGUCUUGGGAGAUUGACUUUUUCUUUUAUCCGGAGUCUAUGUACCUGUUAAUGUAAGCCCAGUAAAGGAUGAAAGCGCCAUUUUAAUAAAACAAACGUAGCACCUUUUUAAAACAUUCAGUAAAUCAUAUACGAAGUAUGUAUAAUGUUUCCUGGAUGAGAUUUCAGAACAGCUAAGGCAUGCAUGUAGUCCCGACUGGGGCCCAGGCUGUUCUUGCUUUAAAACGUAUCCCACGGUCCUGGUGACUCCCAAACCACGAACGCCGCGGAGAGCAACCCAGUCUCCAAGAGCCAGAACACCUCCCGGGACUGGGAUUCGAGGUUGGGUUCACACAAGUGGACAAUGGCCGUCUCACUCCUGCUCCCUCGGGGACACACACCGUCUGCAGUGAACACCACGCAUUCCUCAACAUUUAACCUCUUCUUGUUUAAUGUAGUAAAUUCAUCAUCUAGCAUUCGUCGUUUCUUCUCAAAAGGACAGUUUUCCCCCUUCCAUAAUCUUUGGUUUACUCCAUAAUAAUUGGCAAAUUUGACUUGAAAUUUCCAGCUGAAAUGGAGUGAAGGGAAGUCUCUCAAAUGCAUUUCGGGUUGUAUACCUGCAAAAUCCCUCCAGUUCCUUCCAGAUCUUUAAGCAUUUACCUUAGUUACUUAGACUCAAUGUUUCCAUUGUGCUGGGUCCUAGUUCUCUUGGCCUCUCUUCUCAAAUACGUGGUGAAUUGCCUUCAUUUAACCUUCAACUUAAGGUAACAUAACACCUUUCUCCGUUGUAGUAAUAUUAUAGACAUGGGUUCUUUAUACGUCUCAAUUUUCUUGAUUAUAAAAUCUCAAUAGCAGGGUGCUGUGUCACCUCGCCUCUUCCUAGACAGAUUCCAUGCUAGAAGAGGGCCAAAUCGGGCCCAUUACGCAGGCAGCCUUGACUCCACUGUCCAGCAAAUAGAGGCAGCCUUUUCUUUAUUUCAAGCUGUCUGUGUGCCAGAGGAGUCAAAAGGACUGAGAAAUUAAUCGAUGUUUUGCAUUAUCCACAACAAAAUUUAUUUAUUGUAUUUGGGAAUUAUUAUAACAUGCAUUUUGCUUCUUGAUUUCAUUUUUGAUACUAAGCUGUGUUGUUGCCUCCAGCUAGCACAAUCUAUCCCACUUACUCUGCUGGAGUCAAGUUUCCUUUUAUUCAACUUACACUUUAAGCUCAUUAAGGUAGAGAAUCACGUGGAUCUGUGAGACAAAUUUCAUGUGAUGAGUGCGCCUUAAGAUACUGACUCCCCGUUUACUCUGUAGGAGCCUAGGCUUGGACCCAGCCAGCAGAUCCCUGCCUCAUAGCACAGAGGACUGGAUUCUCGAGUUUAGAAAAUGAGUCGUAUAUCUCUUGAGAGGAUUAAGGGUGUUGACUUUUGAUGAUUGAUCAGUUUAAUUUUUGGAUUAUAACUAGGAAGGCAAACAAUGGAGUAAAACAGCUAUGACAAAAUUUCCAUUUCUAUGUAUCCAUUUUUGUAAAUGUUUUAGAGUGUGUAUUUAUAAAAGAAAACAAAGGAAAAGAAAUGAUGCUGCAUACUGCUGUCAUUGUAACCAAACACCACUGUAAAUGCACGUGGAUACAGGAACUAAUGGAUGCAGGAAGGGACUCAGGAAGGGAGAGACCACCACCCAUUUCAUUAAAAGAGGUAUAUUUCAUUAAAAUUUUGCUUUUUCUUUGGUAAUUACCUAUCAAAACUUAUGUUCUAAACAAUUGUACUGUCCAGUUGAGUUUUUAAACACUGACUUUCGGUUACCUACAAGUAUUUUUAAAUUUCAAUUUACAUACUUUUUUGUAGAAAAAAGUGGUAGAUAAAACGUUGUUAAACAAAAAGUAUAUCUUACAUUAGGAUGAAAUUCUGAGGCAGCAGUGGAAUGGCAAUGAGUUCAGGGAGAAAAAAUAAUCAACUAAAAUGUCUCACUAUUAACGAGGAAUUUUAUCCCGUGUUUUAUAAAUUAUGGUUCUGAAUUGACAUUCCAAUAGAUACCUUUACAAGAUUGAUCUGACCGUUUUGUUUUUAAAACGUCUUAUGUUGGGAUUUGCAUCCUUGCAACUAUCUGAACUAACGAUAAAAAUAUAUUAGAUGCCAAUUUUAAAACGUGAGGUUUACAAAAUUCUUUUCAAAUGGACGCACGCGGGAAAAGGAAUGGGGGUUUCCAGCCGCUGUGCCGAGGACGCUGGGAGACUGGUGACGUUUCCUCCCCAGCCGCCCCCACCCAGCGUGGCACGCGACUAGCUUCCUUUGGACAGAUGAUUUGCAAAAACACGAUUAUCUUUUAUUGAAUGUCUGUUCCUUGCCUGAGACGAUGACACGAUCUUUCAAUACAACUAAUUCUCAAAAAGGCUCAAGAAAGUGAGGAAUCUCUUUUUUACAAAUUAGAAAAGCCAAGCCAAGAAAAAGGCAGGCGAUGUUCUUUCCCGAGUGAAGACUCUUCAUGGCAAAGAGCUUUCCCUGAGCCAAGAAGACACUCCAAAUAAAUGCCAUGAACUCAAAGGGAGGAAUGUGCGUCACUGAAGCUUCAUAAAAAAACUUACGCGGCUUAAGGGGGAAGAAGCUAAUUUGUUCAGAAAAAGGGAAUUCUUUUCUCUUAAAUUGAUUCCCCCCCCUCCCCAAGAGUUAAAGCUUCCUGCAGCAGGUUCGGCUUCUUAGAUCCGGCUCCCACGCACAGGGAGCUGCGUUUUCACCGCGCUUCGGUUUCAAACAUCCUGCCAUUGCAGAGUCCAGCCAUGUAAACAUCUUCCCAAAAAUAUUCAUUGCUCGACAAUGAAGAUGUCUGGUCUCGGCAGGGAUGCAGCGCCAGGGGCCACCGCCAUACCUGCGCGACGACACCCAAGGCCUCAGCAGGCGCAUCGUCUCGUGUACCUGUGGGAUCACCCACCAGGGACACGGGUGUGGUUGGAUUGGCACCAGCUUUCUGGGGAGAUGAGCCGCGCCCCUUACCCACGCGGCGCACGCCACGCUCACACAGGCCGGGCCCUGGGUGGAGUCCCCGCGCGCAAACGCCGGGAAUGCACACUCCAGCCACCAAAAAACGUUUUGAGCUUAAGGUUCCUACUUCGCCUGGGGUUACGUUAACAGCCCUGGGCGGACGCGAAGGUGGAUGCGUGUUCUUGAUCGCCUCCCUAGUUUCCGUCCCCGACUUUCGCAAGCAGUUAGCGUUCUCGCCUUUUCCUCACCUACGCCCGACCGCGCGCGCACACGGUUCAGGCGAGAACCCUCCCACUAAUCCGAGAAGCACUAGCUUACUUGAAAGAUGGGCUUACACACCCCUUCACCG